AUGUCUUACUACCCACCACAGGAUUCCUACUACGGAGGACGCCCUCCAUAUGAGCGUCCUCCCUACGAGGGUGGCCCUCCUCCUGAGAGACCCCCUUAUGACCGCCCUCCCUACGACCGUCCUCCUUACGACCGUCCUCCCUAUGAGAGUGGUCCUCCCCCCGACAGGCCUCCUUAUGACCGUCCUCCUUACGACCGUCCCCCUCCCGAGAGAUACAACUCCGGUCCUCCCCCGUCUGACCGCCCCCCAUACGACCGCCCUCCGUACGGUGACCGUUCACCCUACGAGGGUGGCGAACGCUCCUUCGACUCUCCUCCUCCUCGUCCUCCCUACGCCAGCCCUCCUCCUUCCUCUCGUCCUCCUCCCGUCCCUCCCCCUCCUCUUCCCAUGGACUGGGUCCAGGAAUGGGACCCUAACGCCCGCCGUGCCUACUUUGUCCACAUACCCUCUGGCCGCUCGGAAUGGAUUCUUCCUGCUGAUGGCUCCCGCGAUAUGGGUCCCCCGGGUCCCCCUCCGCCGCAGGAAGGCGGAUACUACUCUCCGGACCCUGAGGCUGCGCAGGCUGCCGCGGAGGAGCAGAAGAAGAAGGACAGGAAGAACAUGCUCCUUGGAGCUGCAGGUGGUCUGGCCGUCGGUGCUCUCGGAGCUGCCUUCAUCACCCACGAGAUUGACGAGCACCGUGAAGAAGAGCGUGAAGAAGAGGAACGCGAGGAUGCGCCUCCUCCGAUGAUGUACCAGCGGGAGACCAUCAUUGAGCGUGAGGAGGUGCCCGUCUACGAGCCCUACCCGGAGGAUGACUGGUAG